CUUAACAAAAAACUUAUUCAGUCGCAUUUAAGAUUUCAAUGUGAACGGUUGUGAAAUAAAGGAUUUACUUGAGCUAAAUAACAACUAUUCCACUCAUAAAGGAUACUUGACCAGCAUCAUGGUGCUUAUCGAACUAGGGCUGGUGUCCUUGCUACUCGGCUAUAUAUUCUACAGAUGGGCCACACUCAAAUACAAUAUAUUUAAGGAGCGUGGAAUUCCAUACGAAAAGCCAUAUCCACUAGUGGGCAACUCGGGGGCUGUGGUAUUGAACAAGGAAGGCUUCAACAAGACUUUGCUGAAAUUUUAUAAACGAAACAGAGAUCAUGAUAUCGUGGGUUUCUAUAAUUUCCGGUCGCCGAUGUUCGUGGUACAGAAUCCAGAGUAUAUUAAAAAAAUUACUGUUAAGGAUUUUGACUACUUCGUAAACCACACCCCCUUUUUUACUGCUGAUGAUGACCCUCUCAUAAAUGGCAUGUUGACUGUAAUGAAAGAUCAGCGUUGGAAAAAUAUGCGCAACACACUGUCUCCAAUUUUCACCGCAGCCAAGAUGCGCGCCAUGUUUAGUUUGAUGAAUGAAUGUUUUAAAGAGAGCUUGGAACGGCUACACGAGAAAACUAAAGGUGGCAAAAGUCAUGAUAUAGAGCUCAAAGGGUGGUUCACACGUCUGUCGAAUGAUAUCAUCGCUUCAACUGCAUUUGGACUCAAGGUCAAUUCGUAUGUGGAUCAGAAUAACGAGUUUUACUCGAUUGGCCAAUCGAUCUCUAAUUUCCGCGGCACGCAAAUGAUCAAGUUCUUCAUCUCUAAUACUAUGCCAAUAAUUCAAAAACUUUUAGGUUAUAAGGUAUUCGACAAAGACAAAACCGAUUACUUCAAACGACUCGUUAUAGAUACAAUGAAAUAUCGCCAAGAACAUAAAAUUCACAGGCCAGAUAUGAUCCAACUAAUGAUCGAAGCUAAACAGGAGUCUGAACAAAACUGGUCCGACGAUGACAUUGUAGCUCAGUGCUUCAUUUUCUUUUUCGCUGCAUUCGAAAACAAUGCGAACUUCACGUCGGUGAUAUGCCAUGAACUGAUGGAAAAUCCUGAUGUGCAGCAGCGUUUGUACGAAGAGGCGAUGGAAGUACGUGCGGAACUCAAUGGAAACCCAUUAACCUAUGAGGCUGUGAUGAAAAUGAAAUAUAUGGAUAUGGUCACAUCGGAAGCAUUGCGCAAAUGGAGUCUUGCCGGAAUGAUAGAUCGUUUAUGUUCGAAGGAUUAUGACCUCACGGACAACGAAGGAAAUUUGGUAUUUAAAUUUAAGGCCGGCGAUUAUAUCUGGUUUCCCAUUGUUGGAAUGCAUAAUGACGAAAGAUACUUUGAAGACCCCGACUUAUUUAAUCCUGAACGUUUCAGUGAUGUAAACAAAGAUAGUAUAAAACCGUUUACAUAUUUGCCUUUCGGUGUGGGACCUCGUAUGUGCAUAGGUAAUCGAUACGCACUCAUGCAAGCUAAGGCCAUGCUGUACUACAUGAUUUUGGACUUCAAGUUCGAGCGUUCCUCAAAUACGGUUGAAAACAUAAUGGAUGACGUACGCGGGUUCCAAGUGAACCCUAUUGGAGGAUUCUGGGUGCGUUUAGUGCCACGGAAACAGUUUAAAACCGCUCCUGUGAACAGCAAAACAAUGGCUUAUAUCGAAGUGUUGGUACUUUUCGCGUUGGUGAUAUUUUUAUUGUACAAAUGGAGUGUUUCUAAGUAUCAUAUCCUUCAUGAUCGUGGAAUACCUCAUGAUAAGCCAAUUCCAUUGCUUGGGAAUCUAGGCCUAGAUGUGUUACUUGGAAAGUCGUCGUUUAUGAAAUUUAUCAUCAAUAGGUAUCAAACUUACAAAACAAGUAAAGUGUAUGGUGUCUAUUCUAUGCGUGACUGCAACAUUUACAUUCGCGACUUGAAUCUUAUCAGAACGGCCGGUAUCAAGGACUUUAACACUUUUCCCAAUCACAAUACCAUGUCACCAGAUGGAGACGAUACUUUCCUCUCAAAGAGUCUAGUCGCUUUGAAGGACCAAAAAUGGCGCGAAAUGCGCAAUAGCUUGUCUCCAUUAUUCACUGGCAGCAAAAUUCGUUUAAUGUUUCAGUUAGUUAACGAAUGUGUGAUUGAAGCGGUUAACCAGGUCUCCAGUUCAAUUCAAGCUACUGGCACUAAUGAAGCAGACAUUGAAAUGAAAGACUUCUUCACAAGAUUCACAAACGACGCAAUUGCUUCUACGGCUUUCGGCAUACAGGUCAAUUCAUUCAAAAAUCAAAACAACGAGUUCUACCGCACCGGAAAAGCGGUUUCGGAUUUUACUGGUUUUACACUACUGAAAGCUUUGCUGAUAGGCCUCAUUCCCAAAGUAAUGAAGGCUUUGCGUAUAAAACUAUUUGACGACAAUAUCUUCAAAUAUUUCAACCACUUAGUAAUCGAUGCAAUGGAAUAUCGGAAGCAACACAACGUUGUACGCCCCGAUAUGAUCCAUCUGCUGAUGGAAGCCAAACAACAUUACGAAGCGAACAAAGCGAGCAUGCAGGGAGAGCAUGCGGAAUUCACCAAUGAGGACCUUUUAGCGCAGUGCAUGCUAUUCUUCGCAGCCGGCUUUGAUACUGUGUCUGCCUGUUUGUGUUUCACAGCGCACGAAUUGCUGGAAAAUAGCGACGUUCAAGACCGGCUUUACGAUGAGAUUUUAAGUACUCAAAAUGAGCUGAAAGGAAGCCCUUUAAAUUAUGACGUUCUUAUGAAGAUGAAAUAUAUGGACAUGGUAUUAUCCGAAUCGUUACGUAAAUGGCCCCCAGCGGUCAUGACUGAUCGCCUAUGUGCGAUUGAUUAUGAACUGAAAGAUGAUGAAGGGAAUUUGGUUGUGGAGCUUAAGAAGGGUGACAACAUAUUUGUACCAAUCAUUGGCAUACACCGCGAUCCAACGUACUACCCGGAUCCUGACAAAUUCGACCCAGAAAGGUUUUCUGAUGAAAACAAACACAAAAUUGAUCAGAUGAGUUACUUGCCUUUUGGUCUGGGGCCCAGAAUGUGUAUCGGCAACCGUUUGGCACUGAUGGAAAUCAAGGCACUAAUGUACAACAUCGUUUUAAAUUUUAAAAUUCUACGAGCAGAGAAGACGUGCAAAAAUUUAAUGGACUCCCUCGUCGGAUUCACUUUAGUACCAAAGGAACGCUUUUGGAUGAAACUUGUGCCAAGGGACUCUUGAUUCAAACUCUAAUUAUUGUAAACAUAAAAUUAUUUAGGUGAAAUUGUGUUUAUAUAUAUAGUCACAUAACCAUGCUCCCACUACCAACAACACA